GCGGAGGACUCUCUCUCUCUCUCUCUCUCUCCAUCAUUUAUGAUCGCUCUUUCUCUCCGCUGCUCAUUUGCUCCGCGUCUUCAAUCACUCCUUCCGUUCUCAACCACAAAUCUGCGGCGUUCAGUCCAGUCAAGCAGCAUGAAUUGAACGCUUCUAAAUGACCAUCCGAGCGCGUAAAGCGUUUCCAUUCACCACAACUGUUUGGCUGUCAUCCAGCGCGCUCCGCUUUGGCUUCUUCCCGGAGAAGAAAGAGAGACUCUUGAUUUUCCCCUCUGCUGCUUUGGGUGUAAAUGUUGAAGCUUGAAUGGCUGGAGCUCAACCUGGCGUUCAUGCGCUUCAACUCAAGCCGGUGUGCGUGUCCGAGAGUCUGAAGCGAGGCAGUCGAUUUAUGAAAUGGGAUGAGGAUUCAUCUACGGUGACUCCAGUGACGUUGCGCGUCGAUCCGCAGGGAUACUUCCUGUACUGGACAGAUCAGAAUAAGGAAACAGAUCUAUUGGACAUCACCUACAUCAAAGAUGCAAGAACGGGGAAAUGCACCAAAACGCCAAAGGAGGCGAAGCUGCGGGAGCUGCUGGAUGUGGGGAAUCUGGUGGGCCGGAUAGAGAACCGGAUGCUGACGGUGGUGACUGGGCCAGACAUGGUCAACAUCCAGUACCUGAACUUCAUGGCCUUCCAAGAAGACGUCGCCAAGGAGUGGGCAGAUGAGCUCUUCAGUCUGGCGUCUAACCUGCUCGCUCAGAACAUGGGCCGAGAGUCCUGUCUGGAGAAAGCCUUCAUGAGACUCAAGCUACAGACGAAUCAGGAGGGUCGAAUCCCAGUGAAAAACAUCUUCCGCAUGUUCUCGACUGACCGGAAGCGCGUGGAGACGGCGCUGGAGAGCUGCAAUCUUCCGUCCGGCCGGAACGACUCCAUCCCUUUGGAGGAUUUGACGCCUGAUGUUUACAAAUCGUUCAUCAAAAACCUCUGCCCACGAUCUGAGAUCAACCAAAUAUUUGCUGAUCUCGGCGCGAAGAACAGAAACUAUCUGACGGUGGAUCAGAUGACAGAAUUCAUCAACAGCAAGCAGCGGGACCCGCGUCUGAACGAGAUCCUGUACCCACCGCUCAAACCCGAGCAAACCCAGCUGCUCAUGGAGAAGUUUGAGCCCAACACAGCUGGGAUUCAGAAAGGGCAGAUCUCAGUGGAGGGCUUCGCCAGGUAUCUGAUCAGUGAGGAGAACAGCGUCAUUCCUCCAGAAAAACUGGACCAGAGUGAAGACAUGACCUCAGUGGAGUGCUCAGGCAGGUAUCUGAUCAGUGAGGAGAACAGCGUCAUUCCUCCAGAAAAACUGGACCAGAGUGAAGACAUGACCUUCCCUCUCUCUCAGUACUUCAUCAACUCGUCCCACAACACCUACCUCACAG